UUUCUGUGUUUUCUGACCAAUAGCGGAAGGUCCGUGUGACGUCAGAAGGUUAGCUGCUCAGAGCUUUGAGGCUCAGCUAGCUUACCCUCGGUUACCAUGGUGACGUCCUCUGCGUGUCUGGUUUAGUGGUCAGUUUGUGUGAGUCUUUGCUCAGCUCUUCCUGUCCCGUUUCUGAGGCACAGCUAGCUUAGCCGCACCGUUACCAUGACGACACGUCAUCUACAAAGCGGGUUUCCGUUCAGAUGCGCGUUUCUUUCCGUUUGUUCUCCGCAGCCGAAUGAUAGUAACGGGUUUUGUUAGAGUCGUCGUGAAAAGAACGACUGAUUCGGUUCGAGCUGAAACGAGAAGAACCUCUGAGCUCCUUAAAGUGAUUCAUUUCUGCAUGAGGUUCUUCCUCCAUCACUGCUCACCUGGAAGACUCCAGGUUGAUUCUGAUUGGUUGUUCUUCACUACAGAGCCCCGGUCCUCUCCGGUUCGGUCCGGUCCGGUCCGGCAGACAUGGAGCAGUACAGCAUCCUGGGUCGGAUCGGAGAAGGAGCUCAUGGCAUCGUCUUCCAGGCCAAACACAUCGAGACAGGAGAGACGGUGGCCCUGAAGAAGGUGGCUCUGAGGAAGCUGGAGGACGGGAUCCCGAACCAGGCAGUGAGGGAGAUCAAGGCUCUGCAGGAGAUCGAGGACAACCAGCAUGUGGUGAAGCUGAAGGAUUUCUUCCCUCAUGGAACCGGCUUUGUCCUGGUCUUUGACUUCAUGCUCUCUGACCUCUCUGAGGUCAUCAGGAACUCCCAGCGACCUCUGACCCCGGCGCAGGUGAAGGGCUACAUGAUGAUGCUGCUGAAGGGCGUGGCCUUCCUGCACCAGAACUCCAUCAUGCACCGGGACCUGAAGCCCGCCAACCUCCUCAUCAGUUCCUCGGGUCACCUGAAGGUGGCAGACUUCGGCCUGGCCCGGCUGUUCAGUGACCAGGGGGAGCGGCUCUACAGCCACCAGGUAGCCACCAGGUGGUACCGAGCCCCAGAGCUGCUGUACGGAGCCCGGAAAUACGACGAGGGAGUUGACCUGUGGGCGGUGGGCUGUAUCUUCGGAGAGCUGCUCAACUCCUCUCCUCUGUUUCCCGGGGAAAACGACAUCGAACAGCUCUGCUGCGUCCUGCGGGUUCUGGGGACGCCGACCCGGGAGAGCUGGCCCGAAAUGGUCGAGUUGCCAGAUUACAAUAAAAUCACCUUCAAGGAGAAUCCAGCGAUCCCAUUGGAGGAGAUCGUCCCUGACACCUGUCCUCAGGCCGUGGACCUGCUCUGCCGCUUCCUGGUCUACCCGUCCAGGCGGCGCUGCUCCGCCACACAGGCUCUCAUCCAUCCCUUUUUCUUCUCCUCUCCUCUUCCUGCUCACCACUCCGAGCUGCCCAUCCCUCAGAGGGGGGGUCGCCCUCCCCGCCAGCGCCUGCAGGCUCCGCCCACCGACUUCUCUGUGGACCUGCCCCUGCAGAACAGCGUGGUGGACCCCGCGUUGCUGCAGCCACACGCCUCCUGCCUCUGAAAAGACUCAAAGUGUUGGAAAUGAGAGGAGGGGGAGAACUACUGAACUGAACUACUGAACGGAACUACUGAACUGAACUGUACUGAACUACUGUACUGAACUGAACUACUGUACUGAACUGAACUACUGAACUGAACUGAACUACUGAACUGAACUACUGAACUACUGUACUGAACUAAACUACUGAACUGAACUACUGAACGGAACUACUGUACUGAACUGAACUGAACUACUGAACUGAACUACUGAACUGAACUGAACUACUGAACUGAACUGUACUGAACUACUGUACUGAACUGAACUACUGAACUGAACUGUACUGAACUACUGUACUGAACUGAACUACUGAACUGUACUGAGUUUGGUUUUUUCGUUUUGCAUCAGCUGCUUUGUGAAGUGUGUUACUGACUUGUUUCCAUGGAAACCUGUGGUUGGUCUUCAUGACCUCCAGUUACUGGUGUUACUGGGAAGGCCAGUAAAGUCUUCACUCCCA